GUAGCAAAAAAGUCAAAAUAUUGUUUCUUUUAUCUUGGAGGGACUCUGGUGUCGAUGUUUAACUGUGAGCACAGUGGAGUUUGGACACUUCCCAUCACUGUUGGUUACGGAUAAAUAAAGACAGACUUUGUCCUCACGCUGCCAAAACCCAGAUGGACUCAAACCUCACUGUAUAAGUGACUGAAGUCUCUCCAUUGACAGGUCCUCGGAGCUAUAAAUAUGAGCACCUUUGUGACUCUGUCAUCAGGGCAGAGGAUGCCGAUGAUUGGACUCGGCACGUGGAAGAGUUCUGCAGGACAGGUGAAACAGGCUGUAGUGGCAGCUUUGGAAUGUGGGUACAGGCACAUCGACUGUGCUGCGGUCUAUGGCAACGAGCAGGAGAUUGGAGAGGCUCUGGCUCUGUGUGUUGGUCCGGGAAAGACACUGAGGCGUGAUGAGCUUUUUGUGACUUCCAAACUGUGGAACACCAAGCACAAUCCAGAAGAUGUGGAGGACGCCUGCAGGACCAGUUUGGCCCACCUGGGUCUGUCCUACCUGGACCUUUACCUCAUGCACUGGCCCAUGGCUUUUCAGAGAGGGAAAGAGCUGAUGCCUCGAAGAGACGAUGGAACCAUCUGCUACUCUGACAUGCACUACAGGGACACUUGGAAAGCCAUGGAGGACCUGGUGGAGAAGGGUCUUGUGAAGGCUAUAGGAUUGUCCAACUUCAAUGCCAGGCAGAUGGAUGAAAUCAUGCGCGUGGCAAAACACAAACCUGUGGUGAACCAGGUAGAAUGUCAUCCUUAUCUGUCUCAAGCAGAUCUUCUAUCACACUGCCAGUCUUUGGCAGUUUGUGUGACGGCCUACAGUCCUCUGGGGAGUGGAGACAGACCCUGGGCAUCUCCAGAUGAACCCCGUUUGCUGGAGGAUCCUAAGUUGGUGGGAAUCGCUCAACGAUACCAGAAAUCACCUGCUCAGGUGAUACUCAGGUGGCACACUCAGAGGGGUAUGGCAUGUAUCCCCAAAAGCGUUACGCCCUCCAGAAUCCAGCAGAACCUGAACGUGUUCGAUUUCAAGUUGUCGCAAGAGGACAUGAAGCUGAUCGAUUCUUUCACCUGCAACAGGCGCUUCAUCGUUCCAACAGUAGUGAGGGAUGGCAAGACAGUGUGGAGAGAUGCAGAACAUCCUCAUUUCCCUUUCCACGAUCCCUACUGAGUCUACGCUGAAGACAAAUCAACUUGUUGGGAAUAAAUACAAAUCAGAUUGUUGUUCUCUCUGAAAUGACUUGUAAAAGACACCUUAAGAGUGACACUCUGUGGUGAAUGACAGAACUGCUUUUUAAUCAACGUAAUACAUUUUCAUCGUUUCCUUUAACAACAUUAAAACACCAAAGUGUGAACUUCAAAAAUAAGAACUUUUGUAGAUAUAGACAAAUAUAUUUGUCAUUAGCUGGAUUGUAUAAAGUCUGCAUCCAAAGAUCCAGGUUUAAAUAGUAAUGAGAAGGGGUUUAGAUUAACUUAAAUACUAUAAGGAAUAUUGGUCCUUAAGGAGGAAUUACAAAAACAAAUAUUUCAAUUUCUUCAGAUUUUAUUUUCAACAACAUAACCUUGACAAAUCUGUAAUACAUUAUAUGCUACUGUUUAUUUUAAAAAAGAAAAAAGGAGAAAUAUCAGCAAUAUGUUUUUUUUUUGUCUUUCCAAGUCUCGCACAUAUUCCAAUCAGCAUAGCCGUUUGUGUUGUGAAAUACAGAUAAUGAGGCCACUCGAAAAAAAAACAAACAAAAAAAAAACCUCAGUUACCCACCCACCCCAACGGGAGGAAACUCUUUGAACCUGUCACUCACCUUUUAUUUUCCAAAAUCCCCAACUCAAAACAAAGUCAGGGUAAGCCAAUAAGCUACAUGCUUUCUCCAAAUGGGGGAAAAAGAAAACAAAAAAAUAGAAAGAAAAAAAAA